GCAAAUGCGUUUGACAGUUCUAGCCUUAAGAUACCACCCCAAAACCUGUGUGUUUUGACAGCCGACAGCAACUGUAGUCAGUCAGCUGUUGCACCGUUAGCAAGGUGGUGUUGCGUCAUCCCGCUGCAGAACGUUAGGCUUACUUUUAUCCUUUUUUAAUGUGUUGAUUUAGUGUUUGUUAGCUUUCAACUUUCCAAACUUUUCGAACUCUUUCUAUUUUGUUGCUGCAGCAACAAAUGGCUGUUUUGUCAAUCGCAUUUCAUUCGAACACUUUCAAACAAGCUCUCAAGCGAGUACAAAUUCCGAAUCAAGGCCAAAAUAUUUCACAAUUUUUACGCUAAGCAAAUCAUAUUUGAAAGUAACUUUGCAUUGUUUUUUAAAAAAUUAUUUCAUUCAAUUACAAGUGAUUCGCAUAUCCAAAGAUUUAAUACUAAAAUGUGCGAACAUUAUUGUGACGAUUUGGAAACCUUCAACCCCGAAAUUGAAUACCAGAAGUUUUUGAAACGCAAACCCAUCGUACAAACCGCCAAGUUGUAUGAGCAAUUGCACACGCGAGAGAAAAUCAAAUGCCCCUACAAUUUCAAAGGCUAUGGCGUGGAAACGGACAAGAACACAAUGUAUCGCACUUGCAAUUCCGAGUAUGGCUACUACGCACCCAACGCUUACACCAUACCGACGCGUUACUUUCCGCUCUCACAGAAAUUCUCCAAUGAACUUGCUCGCUGCGGCAUGUAUCGUAAUUUCUCUCUGAAUACUUUAAUGGAUCGUGCGUAUUUCUGAGUGGAUUUAUGGUUGGCGGUGUAUUAUCGCGGUAUUUAAAUUGGGAAUAUGUAAAUUAUGACUUUACAAACCCAGUUUAAUCAUCUAAGUAUUUGUUUGUACACUUAAUGCUGGAUAAUUAAAUUGAAAAACCAAUAAAUCGAAAAACACGAAGUUCUAGAAUAUUAUACCCUCAAA